CUUUCAACGUAUAAUGUAUUUAAUAUAAAUUGAAUGCGAGAGGAAAAUAUUCAUACAUGAUUUGCGGAUUUUGAAUGAAGUGUAAAAAUGAUGUUUCUUCAAUAUUAAGCAAAAAGUUGUUCAUUUGGACAUGGUAAAAGGAAGUUUUAAUAUUAUAUGGACAGCCAAUUUCCAUUUCAUUUAAUGAUGUCAAAGCGUGCGGUUUCAGCGUAUUACGUUUUAGUUUGUAUUGUUCUAGCUAAUGUUCACGCAGACUGUCCAGUGUCGCGUUGUGAAUGGUUUCCAUGGGAAGCAUGGUCGGAAUGUUCUACAUCUUGUGGAGGAGGUUCACGGACAAGAAGUCGUACAAUUUGUUGCAAAUCAGGUCAGAAUUGGUCUGAAUGUUUAAGUGAUUGUGGAAUGGAUCCAAAUGACCGGUCGGGGUCUCGUGACAGCGGCAAAUGCAACAGCUGGUGCUACAAUGGUGGAGCGGUUUCAACGUAUGGAUGCGAUUGUCCGGCUGAGUAUUACGAUUACUGUUGCCAUUCAGAUAUGUGUUCAUGGAACAACCAUUACUGUUGGCCUGGCAGCUGCUUUCCAUACAAUCAUGCCAAUGAUUGCUCUUGCGCCCCAGGGUUUAGCAAGAUUUCAAAAACCGGGGAAACUUCGUGUCAACCGACUAUAAAACCAUCAAUCUUAACAUGUAAUACUGUGGUUAUUGGACCAAAUGGUGAAAAGAAAAGAGCAAUGUCAUCAAGCAAUUUAUCCGCGUGUCAGUAUUUACAAGAUAUGUAUGGGAAUUAUCAGCCGACGACAAUGCAGUUUGAUUUGCUUGCUGAAUACACAAUUGACAUUUCCAGCUUUUCGCGUCCUUUAUUUAUUUCUGAACAAAACUUUGGAAUAACAGACUCAACAGUAUAUAUACAACGCCAAUCCAUAUCAGGUUCAAUCACAACGUUAUCAACAAACAGGCGAUUAACAGAUGUAAAUUCAAGCCAGUCUGUUAAGAACACGCAUCAGGAUUCACAUAAUCUUACGACUACAUACAUUCUCGGAAAUGGCCAGGCGUUGUGUUUGGAAUACGAAGCAAAAGGUGGUGGUUACUUGAAAGCCAAAGAUAAGACAACCCAAACUAUUUUUAGCGCUAAGCCUUACCACAAAACUGUAGAACAACGAACAAUCUGCUAUCGAUAUGACAGCCAACCACCCGAACACUGUUCAAAACUAUCGUCAUGUAGCUGCGAUCCUCUUCAACUAGGCAAACGGAUAACGCAAUCAAAUUUCCAUCACGUUGAGUUUGGCGGUUGGGUGGAUCCCGUUCCUCCAGAGGGUGGCUCGCGCACAGCUUCAUCCAUUGAGAGCUACGAAAUUCAGGUAAAUGAGGUUUUGCCAUCGAAAGGGACAUUAAAGGUAGAGUACACAUCAAUAAUUGAAAGUUCAAAGGUAAACCACACAGUCACAAACAUGGAUUUACAUCUAACCUCAGACACACCCAAGCUCUAUUGUUUAACACUGGAGGUUAAGGAUGUUGCAGACAAUGUUCGACAGUGUCGCCGUUUUGUUCUAUACGAUAACACUUCGUCUAUUCAAAUCUGGAAUGAAAAGCCUUUCAGAUUUACAUCAGCUUCACCUUCUACCGAUUACACAUGGCAAACCCAUCACAAUGAUGUCUGCUUAAGCUGGCAAGAUUACUUUUACAACGAUUUCUACAUACACAAUGAACUUUUGAAUCCUAUUGAGCCCGACCCUCACGGUCUCAUUACCGGCUCAUAUGAGCAAACAACUGGGGAGAUACCUGUAUCUGGAACAUCGAAUGUGUAUGGUAUUAUUGCAUACCAUAUAUCGUGGAGCCUGAAUCACGGUACAUUCUCUGUAGAAAAACCCGUCCCUUCAUUCAAGAAUCAAUCAUUUUGCAAGGAUUUGAAUGUUAAAGAUGGAGAAACAUACACACUGAACGUAAAGGCAACUGAUAUAGCUGGAAAUACCCUAAGCGAUAACCGAACUGUUUUUAUUGAUGGCUCUGCGCCACACCUCAGCAACUUUUGGCUUGAGAAAGAUGGAUACGAAAUGCUGUAUGUACAUAAUAGCACGGAUCUUUCAAAAAUGAAAAUGACCUUUGAUGCACUUGAUCCAGAAAGUGGCUUAUCUAAAAUACAGUGGACGUUUGGAAUAAACGACACAAAGAGCGAGCUCCUGAGUGAGCACCUUGCUGUUAGGAUGAUUAAUGAUUCAUGCACAACCACACAGUGCUACUGCCCGGAUAUUGGUGAAUGUGCAUUCUUCAACUACACAAUACCACUCAACAAACUAAAUGUUAAGGAUAUGCACAUUGGCAAUCACAAUAGAAACUAUUAUUUUACCAUAAAAGUAACAAACAUGGCUGGGCUUUCAACAACGGAACAUAUUGACGUGCUUGUUGAUGAUUCGCCACCUUCAGAAGGUGUUGUUUUCGAAGGUCCAGAAGAUUCCCCUGACAUUGACUACACAAGUGAUGAUUCCAUUCUCGUGCACUGGCAUGGUUUUAUAGACCACGAAAGCGGCAUCAAGCUGUACAGGGUCGGUUUGUCCGACCGAUGUCUAAGUUCAAAAGACCUAUACAACUUUACAGAAGUACCAAGUAUAUCGAUUCUUAUGGAGCGUCCUUUCUCCGAGGAAUCGGUCCGAAUCCCAACGACCUUUACCGGAAAGCGAUUUCUGACCGUUAUUGCACUUAAUAAUGCCAUGGAACCUUCGAAGCCUGUGUGUUCAGAUGGCAUUACGCGUGAUCUUUCACCGUCAGAAUUUAGAAAUAUGACUUUACAGCAUGGCCAAUUAUCAGAAAGCCUAAUAUGUUUGCAUGGAGAAGUAUAUUUAAUGCAGACAAACAUGCAAAGAGCAAAGCUUCAUAAUACGUCCGUUUGCCGAAGUAUUUGUGCUGCUGAUCUUGAGUCACACAAAGUUACCGAAAUCUUUCAGAUAGAUGAAAUAAAAGAGAAGGAUGAAGAUAUUUCUUCCUUUCUUUGCGAGCACUUGCCCUUGUACACAAACGAUACAAUCAUCUAUCUUCCCAAUGAUAACAUCUUUAUCACUUGGGAUAUUGAGGAAGACGGAAGUCAAAUUCAAGAUUUCUUUGUUGGAUUAGGAUUUAAUCCUACUGAAAUAGAGAGUCCGUCCAUUGUAGCGUAUCAGUCCACACACAAAAAAAACUAUUUCAGACGAAAACAUGAGGGAAUAGGGUCUGACGAAUUAUUCUUCAUUUUCGUGAAAGUAAUCAAUAAAGCUGGUUUAGAGAGAAUAUCAACAAUAGGCCCUGUACUCAUUGAUCAAACACCGCCUUUGAAUAGAACCCUUCCUCAAGUUAUCGUUGAAUCUGAGCACAUUGUAUUUGGAUGGGAUAGCAGCACAUUCUAUGACGAAGAGCAGACUGCACAAAUCGAUCAAAUAUAUUUCCAGAUCGCACAUAACGGUAUUGCUGCAACACUGUUUCUGGAAUGGCGUCUAGACUCAUCUGCCCCGUGCCCUUCGUACUCUGGUGGGUGUUUUCGAUAUCCCUUACGCCGAUUACAGUUACAAGAUACGGACAAUUACCUUGAGUUUUACAUUAACAUGCAUGUGUACAACAAUGCCGGACAUUAUCUAUCCGUCGCAAGUCAACCCUUUCAGCUCCCAUCAAGAUAUCCUCCCGGACAAACUGUUAUAUUUGAUAUAGAUCCCGCAGUGAAUAACAGUAUUAUGGACGUUGACGUUCAUUUUACGAAGGAAGUGCUUUGUGCGAGUUGGAAAAGUUCCUUACACCAUGAGAAUUUAGCAUUGGAACUAGGAGUAGGAUUAUCAAAUACUACUGAUGACGUAGUGAAGUUUCAAUAUAUAAGCAAUAUCAACACGUAUUGCAUAAACUCCACCUUUAUCCGACCAAAUAUUAAAUAUGUUUUCUUGUUAAGGACAUCCGGCACCGGAGGAGUCUCGGUUUCUUUUUCUGAUGGCAUAAUGGUUUUAGACGAAAUCGAAACAACACAUUCACUGUCCGUAAAUAUUGGGUAUGACUGCCUGAAUCAAGUAGGUAAUACAUACGAUGUUACCUCAGCAAACAACUCUGCGCGUAUGACAAUUAAAGAAUCACUGCACGUUGGCCAACGUUACAUUAUCAACACUCCAUACAAAGUCAUUGUAAGUUCAGACGAUGGAAUUGUCUCAACAGAGGGCAAUGACACUUUCAUUAGACCGUUUGUGAACAGACCGGCAUUGGUAAUAAAAGUUGUACAUUCAGCUUUUGUGCGUGACGUUUUCGGGUUGCAGCUUAUAUUAUGCCCAGUUCAGAACGUUCUGCUUCAGACUGAGCGACUUGUCGUUACCUGGAAGUUUGUCGAUUCAAAACUUGCUUCUCUUUAUAAAAACGUUGAACUAGCAUUUAGUGUUGGCGUCAGUGAAAGGAAUUCAAUCGCAGGACGUAACAGGACAUUUGUUGUACCUUACCAACCGCCUAUCGAUAACAACUAUUCUAUUUUAGAAGAAUAUUACUUUCUUACUAACCAGAAGUAUGUUGCUGAAGUACGGAUUUGUUCAAAACUGGAAUGCAUGAAACCGGUACAAUCGAGUGAAUUCUCUAUUGAACGACUUAAUCCAGUUUUGCAGAUAACCGAAGCAUCUUUAUUGAUUGGAGACAUGUGUAUCCGUGUCAAAUUGCAAUGGUCCAUUGAGGACAAGGAUAUUGAUAUAGUAUUUUAUCAAUGGACAUUAGCUCAGGACGUAGAGGGUCAAAAAACACUUCUCUCUUGGAAAUCUAUUCCUGAUGACUCUCUCGGUAUAACGGUUGAAGACUGUGUUGUACUGCCCGUCCAUGGACAUAUUUCUUCAUAUGCUUGUAUAAAAGCAUACUCCGUCAGCGGACAAUUAAUAAGAAGCUGCAAAAAGCUAGCAAUGUUAGACUUUGGAACUUACGACGCAAAUGCUGUUUACGACUUUGAUACCAGAUCGGAAUCUUGGACGCAAAUUCAAUCGAUAAUUCACAGUUCGAAUGUUGGAGACAUGUAUACUUUCCUACAUGACAACGAACUUGACUUCGGAACUAGUAAUUUAAGGCCAGCCGCAGCAGUUAUGCACGCGAAUGAACGUAAUGUUUCAUGGUAUUUGAUGACCUCACGACAUGUACCCUAUGAUUGCGACACAGAUGUAUCAUGUUUAAAAGAAAUGGUCACAUCGGAUGGGUUUGCUAUUUUCGAAGAAACCGAUGUGUUCCUUCACGCAACAUUCUAUUUGUGUGUUUCCUCGAACACGACAGUUGUUGAAAGAGAGAGGUAUACCGAAUCACUUGACGAAAUAAAGUCUUGCAGUGACGGAUUUAUUUUAGACAACACUGCCCCCAUUCCUGGGAAAAUUGAUAUUCAAAACGUAAAUGGGUAUAUAACUGACAUUGAACAUGCUGUUAUCACAUGGGACACUUUUUAUAAAGAAGAAGGCGCUUCACUUCUUGGAUAUCCAGAUGACAUGCAACAUUACUCUAUCGGUGUUGGCUACAGUCCAAACCGAGACGAUAUUAUUUCGUUUCGUAACAAAGGACGAGAAACGGCUGUCAUGUUAUCUCUAGCUGGCAUCGCUGAUGGGACUUCUGUUUAUUUUACUGUACACGGUUCUGACUAUUUUGGACUUUCGUCAGAGGUUGUUUCCACGGCGUUGGUUACUGACACAUCACCUCCAACAGAGGGAAAAAUUCACAUUGAACAAAAACUUGCAUACUAUAGCAGUGACACAAUUAGCAUACGACUUGUUGGUUUUCAUGAUGAUCACAGUGGAAUUAGUUAUUUCAAUGUCGGAAUCGGAUCAAGCAAUACAAUGGUGGAUACCUUAUCAAUGACAAAGUAUUAUUCAGAUACUGUGAACAUAGAUCUUCAUGAUUCAAAUAUUCUAGAAGGCCAUCAAUACUUCAUUUUGGUGCAGGCAAUCAACAGGGCAGAUAUUCCGAGUGCAAUCGUGUCAAAACAAUUUAUCUUAGAUAGAACACCACCUAUAGGAGGACACGUUUUGGAUGGAAACUGGGAAAGCAAGGUAGAUCUUGACUAUCAAUCAGACAUAUACACGAUCCAUGCAAACUGGAAGGAUUUCUCAGACAUUGAAAGCGACAUAGACUAUUUCAAUGUAGGACUUGGAACAGACCAUUACGCUACAGACGUUCAAGAGUUAACAAACGUUGGGUUGAAACAAGAUGUUUUAUGGAAUGGUCCAUUUAUUCCGGGAGAGAAAUAUUAUACAACAGUAGAAAGCUGUAAUAAAGCUGGCCUUUGUACACAAAGAUCUUCAGAUGGAAUAAUACUGGACAAUUCCCCACCAAUUAUGGGUCGUGUUCAAGCCGGGUCUGGUAUCCAUCACAGCAGAUAUUUACCAUUAAACACGUCACUGAAAUUACAAUGGGCUGGAUUUGAAGACCCUCAGUCUGAUAUCGAUCAUUUUGAAGUGUGUUUAGGACGUCAGAAAAACAUGUGUGAUAUUGUUCCUUCUUUCAAUGCCCUGCUUCACUCUUAUAUGAUUAAGUCGAAUAUAUCUUUGCCCAUUAAAACGCCUAUUUUUGCAACUGUGUGGGCCUUCAAUGGAGUCGGAAUGAACGUUUCCAGUGCAUCUGAUGCGAUUCUCGUUGACGUUACAGCUCCGUACAACAACAUAAAACCUUCAAUUAUGCUUGAUUAUAACACAGUAAAAGACAAAACCGCUCAAUGGGAAAAGUCAAUUAUCGAAGUGUUUUGGGAGUUUUUAGACGACGAAAGCCCGAUAUUUAAUCACGAGUUAUCUCUCUUUACCCAUCAUGAAGGACACACACCCGUUGAAAAAGUACAUCUCGGAUCGGAAAAACACUACACCAUUAACUUAGAUGGAAAGAACUGGCUGCAUAAUGGGGACAUAUAUUUUGUUGUUAUUACCAGUUGUAACGCAGCAGGGCUAUGUUCAACAGAGAGAACAAAUGAUAUUCUUAUCGACUCGACUCCCCCACACCAGGGUGGUCUGAAACCACAAAUGCUUUGGGAAAAUUAUAGAGAUACCAAUGGACUUCACUCUAAUGUCUCCUUGACUUGGUAUGGUUUCUACGAUCAGGAAUCUGGUAUAGAAAGAUAUUAUGUUACUGUUUCAAGAUAUUUCAGCAAACAGGAACUCUCCGGUGGUGUUCUCAUCCAGAACCAUGAUAACACAUCAGAGGAACAACAUGGAAACUUCACACUUACUGAAGCGUUAAAACCUGAUGAUCUUAUAAUUGUUUCAGUCUGGACUGCAAACAGUGUAGGUUUAAACAGCUCGGUUGCACGUGUAUCCCUGUUUGCAUUGUCCAGUGAGAAUUCUCCCGUUAUUGAAAAUCAGCGGGGAAUACUCGAACUAGAGAAACACUCUUGUGACGUUCAUUUUUGCAACAAGGACUGCACAUGCGCGGUAGUUGGAAAACCAUGUAUUGAAGCUGAAACAAAUAUGACUUGCGUUGAGAUUGAUGCAUUUAACACGACUGAUAUCGACUUGACACGGUUUGCAGUGUUUGGAGGCCUUCAGUUCAAGCCUUUGACUUUAACUGCCUCAUCUGCUUGUCUCGCCGGUCACUGGACGCAGGUCGAACAUUCAAGAAACGUUACAGGCAUUCAUAGAUUUGAGUGGAGCAUAGGAAUUCAUAAUCAGCCGCAUGGAGAGGGGAUUUUCGAUUUACAAAAAGAGUUCCCUUGGGUUGAUAUAGGUUUGCGACAAGAAUUUGUUCACUGCCUGCCUAUUAAUAGAUCGCUUAUUCAUGGCGAGCUUUACGACAUUUACGUAAAAACUUGGUACGGACCAAGUGAAUUUGCAAUCUUUACGUCUAAAUCUAUUAAGGUUGAUCAAACGCCACCAAGUGUGCUUAGAGGACGAUAUAUCAUCGAAGGGAUGCAAAAUUGUGCAACAGAUCUUGACUUCAUCGACUGGACUGAUGAGAUUUCGGCGUGUUGGUCCGGGGUCUUUAGUGAGCAACAGAGCGAUAUACAACAUUACUUGGUUGCUUUAGGAACUUCACCGAACGUCGAUGACGUAUUUGCAUCACAGCAUAUGGGCUUGAAAACAAAAAUUUCUAUUGUUAAUCUGACUUUGGAGCAUGCUGUUAGAUACUAUUUUACUGUCACUGCCGUGAAUACUGCAUGGCUUCACACUUCGGUAUCGUCGGACGGAUUCAUUGUCGAUACGACCCCACCGUCAGAUGGCGUUGUUUUUAAUACAAUUACGCAUAAGAACGUUGCAUACCAAUCGUCUGUUACCUCUCUGGGACUUUCGUGGCAUGGGUUUCAGGACCAUUGUUCAGGAAUACAAAGUUACUAUGCUGCUGUUGUGGAAAAGCAGGAGCCACCUUAUUCUAGUACGAAUUUCACACAAGUAUACCUCAAGACGACCGUUACAUUCAAGGAUUUAGACUUGACUCCUGGCAGCGUUUACUACGGCGUUGUCAAGGCAAUUGAUGCCGCAGGACAUGAAAGUGAUUUUAUUGCAUCACCGGGGGUCAUCAUCGAUCCUUCUCCACCUAAAGGCUACAGCUGUGACCAAUUUGAAGACACGGGUGUCAUUGAAUUCUUGGACGAUUCGAAGGAUAAUUGGACGAAGACAAUUUUUGCACAAUUAGACAAAGAUGCCGUAUACAGAAUUGAAGGGUCUAUUGAAAAUGCUUUUGUAGAUUCAGUUAUUCUCCAAAUCAAUCGUUUUAUUACUAGAAUCCACACUGUUCUGAAUCAUCAACAAGUUACUGAAUUUUCAUACACGUUUGUGUCCAAUCAAAGAGUAGCCCAUAACAUUACUUUGAGUGUUGACAAUCAUAAUAAUAUCAACAACAUCUUAGGAACAAUUGUUUUACAAAAAUGUUCGUCAAUUAUUGAAAACAAAACAAAAGCUCUUCAUGUUCGGCAAAUCAGACAUGAUUCUGUAGGUGUUACAGCUAUGAUUCAGGAUAAAGAAAGUGAUCUGAAAAUGGUACAAAUUGGUGCUGGAACUACACCUGGGGGCUUUCAAAUUCAGCCAUUAAGUCCCAUUCAUGUUGAUAUAAUGAGUGGGAUUAUUAAAGGCCAUCUUGUUCAUGCGAUGAAAUUAUAUACGACGGUUAUAGCUGAGAAUCAUGCAGGCCUGGCAUCUGUUUUCCAGUUAACAGAACCGAUUAUUAUUGACCACACUUCUCCGAUUAUCACCGAUGUGGAGGCUUUAGCAACGGUAGUCUAUGUAAAUGAGUCGGGUGAAAUCGCUUUGAGAGUGCAGGUUAAUGCAACCUGGAAUGUGGUAGACGAUGAGAGCGAUAUUAAACAUUGUACUUGUUGUAUUGGAAUGUUUCCAAACAAAAACAAUGUACAAGACCAGUGGUUUGCAGAUACUCUGUCAUCGUGUGAGUCGAACCUCCUGCAGCUUAACCACGGCGAUAAGGUCUACGUCAAUAUCAACUGUGUCAAUUAUGUUGAGCUCGCAACGACAACAUCUAUAGCUUCUAAUACGGUAUCCAUGGACUUUAUUACCUCAAACCAAGCAACAGUUAACAUUCUGCCAGCAAACGAAGGUCUGAUCAGCUCAAUACCGCUUACUGUAGGCCCGACUAAAUUACAAUCAAACACAUCUAUGGUACAAAUCAGUUGGUCAGGAUUCGAAGAUAUAUCCGGUAUUGAUUUUUACGAAUAUUGUAUAUCGGACGAAAGAAAUGCAACCAUUGUAGACUGGACAAAUGUUCACUUGAAGACAGUGGCAACUACUCGCGGACUAACAUUACACAAUACGGAAACACUGAACGUAAGCGUCAGGGCUACAAACACUGGACAUUAUAGAAGUGAGGCCGUUAAUGCCUCGUUAUUCACCAUCAGCCAACCUCCAGCCUUGUCAGGAAGUCCAAUGCUUACAUCUCGAAACAAGCAUCUUAUUCACAUCGACUGGGAACAGGCAUUCGAUACACUUCCUGAAAUUCCAGUUCUGUAUAGCCUCGUUGUGGGAUCGAAAGAAGGAUUCACCGAUAUUCUUGACAUCAGCUAUUACACUGGACAUACAUAUGAUAUUGUGGCUCCGUCGUCUACGCUGAUUUCACCGAAGAUAUCAGAGCUAUUCUUUACCAUAACAUGUGCUUAUCCAACAGGGAUUUCGAGCGUUUACAGGACAAUAUUCACAAUGUAAUAUUUUACUUGUUAGUCGCAACGCGUUGUUGUUACAAAGCUGUGUGUUUUACAUGUUAUUAUCUAGCUUAGCUUUCAAUAUAUUCAUACAUGUACCUUACUGCUGUGUGCUUUUUAUUGUCUAUAUUAUCUUUAUUUUAUUUGUUUCCUAAUUACUUUCAUCGAAUGACAUUUAAAAUACAAUUUACAAUUCAAAUUACAUUUUAUAAUUUCUUUAUGUUAUGCCGUCCAAUAUAUGUGCUGUAUAAUUAUCUAGUAUAUAUUUUCUUUGUGGCUUAUUUUUCCAUUCAUUGACUUUCUUUAUGUUCGUGUACUUUUAUAUCAUUCCUUCUAAGGUAUUAGUUUUGUGGGUAUCUCUAUGCUUGCGUAUAUAUGCCUUGUGCCAUUUUUCCCAAUCAGUGAUUUACUUUUGAUUUGUUGUUGUCUGUUUUUACACUACGUUGAGACGAGUUUUAUUGAUGCACUUCCUUUUAUUUUCUAAUAAAAAUCAUUGUGUG